AUGCUUCAGAAUAUCCUCUGUCGUAUACUAGUGUACUUUGUAUUCACAUCCAUUUUUUCAUCCCUCGUUCAAGGCGAGGCUUUUAAUGUCACGGAGAUUGAGCGGCAGAUUUCAUCAUUGAAGCAGUUGGCAGAUCUGGCGAGAAAUAAGGAAAUAUUCUCCACCUCAUUGUUUUCUGAACAUGCAUUUUUUGACCAAACAAACAAUGUUCUUGGUACCUUAGACUUUGUUGAAAAUCAUUCAUUUCAAACUCAACCAUAUGUGGCCAAUGGAUAUUUCGGGGCAAGGAUUCCAAAUCUUGGGCAUGGUUUUGCAUACGAUCUGCUUCUGUGUAACUCUUCCGCUCAAAAUGAAGCCCUUAACAAUGGAUGGCCCUUAUUUAGCAAAAGAUUUGCGGGGGCUUUUGCGGCAGGGUUUUUUGACUCACAAGAAAACACAGUGGGACAAAACUUUCCAUGGCUAUACCAGUAUGGUUGGGAUAGUGUAAUAUCUGCAAUUCCUCAAUGGACAUUUUUGAGCAUAGCGGCUGGAAAGUAUGUCUUGGAUCCCAUGAACCCGGCAGAGACAUGGGGCUACAUAAGCAAUUAUGUUCAAAACUUGUCAUUGGAAAAUGGAGCCGUAUCGACACUGUUUACCUGGCUCAACAAACUACAUUUAGAAUAUGAAAUCGUUGCAAGCAAGCAUGAUAUAAACUUGGGAACUGUUUCUUUGGUUGUGCGAAACCCUAGCGACGAGGCAAUUUUCAUCACUGUGAACGAUACCAUCAGCUUCGAAACUUCAAAAAGAUGUGACUUUUUUUCUUCCAAAAUUGAUGAAGAGGGAAUCCAAAUGGUUGUAACUCCAAAAGGUGUGAACGAUGUGUAUGGGGCCAUUCACUCUAGGCUUUAUCUUGAAGGCGGACAAGCACAAUACACACGAUCUACAACUAAUAAAUAUAAGGUAUUCCAGGCAAUUAACACUAUGAUUUUACCUGGAGAAAGUUUGAGGUUUAGAAAGUUAGUGGGCAUAUACACUACAGAUUUAGAUCCCGAGAUCUAUAAGCUGUCAGAAGAUGUCUCUUUGGCCGCAAAGAGAACAGCGCUUGUAUCUAAUGUCGAUACCUGCCACCAUCUUCACAAUGAGGCCUGGCUUAGCUCAUUAGGACAUUCAUUUCUGAUAGAAUUUCCAGACAGUCCCCUACUCACCAUGGCUUCCAAAGCAUCUGUAUACCACAUCAACGCGAAUAUGCGGGAGGGUGCCAUUGGAUUGACUUCUGCAUUAUCCGUAUCUGGAUUAUCUUCUGAUUCUUAUGGUGGUCAGGUGUUUUGGGACACUGACUUGUGGAUACUGAUGGGUAUUCUUCCCUUCAACCCUCUAGUCAGCAAAAGUUUGCUAAGUUAUCGGAUUCAAAACCAUAAGCAGGCAAUUGAAAACGUUAUGAGUGAAUCUAGAUCCAAAGAAAGUUUCAAAGGCGCGAUUUAUCCAUGGACAAGCGGAAGAUUUGGAAAUUGUACUGCAACAGGUCCAUGUUUUGAUUAUGAAUACCACGUGAAUGCUGCAAUUGCAUAUUCUGCAAUUCAGCUAUAUUUGAGUGGACUGGUGGGGGAAGAUUACUUGGAGUUUGUGGUGUAUCCCAUUGUCUACGAUGCUGCUAUUUUCUUCUCUACUUUCGUCGAAUUUGAUGAUAAUUUAUCACAAUAUGUGACCAAAAACCUUACUGAUCCAGACGAGUUUGCAGAAUUUAUCGACAAUGGUGCUUACACAAAUGCAGCAAUCUCAUUCAUUAUAAGAUGGGCAAUUAUGAUAGCCAAACACCUUGGAAAGAGUGUCCCCAGCAUUUUUGAGCACAUGGUAGAUUUAAUUCAUGUUCCAUACUCACCUGAUGAUGAUAAAUUGGUCCUAGAAUACAGCGGCAUGAAUUCCUCCAUUGAAGUGAAGCAAGCAGAUGUUAUAAUGAUGACAUAUCCACUCGAAAAUGAGCUUAUUACUGAUGAGGUGGCGUACCACAAUCUAAUUUACUACGCGAACAAGCAAGUGAGCACUGGCCCGGCAAUGACAUUUCUGAUCUUUUCCAUAGUAAGUUCAAGAAUACUUGAGGCUGGAUGUUCUUCGGAGUCAUAUCUCUUGAAAUCCAUAGAGCCAUUUUUAAGAGGCCCGUUUGCUCAAUUUCUGGAACAAAGUGAUGACAAUUACGUACUGAAUGGAGGUACACAUCCAGCUUUCCCUUUUCUUACUGCCCAUGGGGGGUUUUUGCAGACCAUUCUAAUGGGAAUAUUGGGAAUGAAGUUUUCCUAUGAGUUGGAUGGAGAUCGAAUUCUGAGAGUCUUGUCUUUCAAAGCUAGAAAUCUAUCCCUUUUUCCUCAAGGUGUCACCUUUGGAGAGGUGAGAUAUCUAAACUCAUCUUUGAGCAUCAGUCUUGUCGACUCUAUACUUACGGUAAAAAACAAUGGUCCCAUACAAGGUACUUUGUCUCUGGGAUCUAAUAUUAAAGUGAUAUCGAAUUCGUUUCCUGGAUCUCAGGAAAUGAAAGUACUCGAAGAGUUCGGAACAGUGAGUUUUUCUGUUCCGUCAAGAAAAAAAGCAGAUAGUCGAAGCUUAACUGAAUGUGGCUUGUCGCUGUUCAUCAAUCUUGGCGCUGGUAGACGGGGUGACGUGGUAGAUCUGAUGCACGAUGGUGAUAAUAGCACUUUUUGGCAAGCAGAAUCGAGUGAGGAGACCGAAGUUUUGAUCAACUUCAAGAGAUCAACAACAGUGAAAAAAGGUUUUAUCAACUGGGGAGACUUGCCUGCCCGAAAGCUCGAAAUUUAUAUCCACGAUUUUGAGAACAGACAAGAAAAAUCCCUAAACAUGAACCUUCAGAAACCGAAAGAACAAAACUUCCAACUAUGGAGAAGCGUACAACUGAAGAAUUUAGACAAUGAUGUUGGCGAAUUUCAGAAAGUGUUCGAGAGUGAUGUGAAAAUUACAGAGCCCUUUGAUCCUCAAGAGUAUAUAAGAGUUCGGCCUGUUAGAUCACAGAAUGUCACUGAAUUUGAGUUCCCAUUUCCAGUGCGCUGCACUCACAUUUUGAUUAAGUUUAGUGACUCUCAUGAGAAAAACCCAUUUGGUGCAAAGAUUUUUGAUAUAAACUUCUUUGAGAAUUAA